AUGGUGGAGAAGAUGCAGCGCCAGCUGGCUGUCCUGAAGGAACUCUUUUCUUCAGGGUGUCCCUCAGAGCUGGCAGCUCUGGGAGAUUCUGAGACCCACCCUUCCCACCCCUCUGAUGCUGGACCUCAUGCUCCAGCUCCAGCUCUGGUUCCUGUGGGCCCUCCAGCUCUGGUUCCUGUGGGCCCUGCAGCUCUGGUUCCUGUUGGGUCUCCUGCUGAGCCCUCUGCUCCUGAGGUUCCUGGGUCAUCGGCUAUCGCCUCCACGUCAUAUGGGUCAGCUACCGUCUUCUCCAUGACAUCUGGGUCGGCUGUGUCACCUCCACGUCACCUGGGUCGGCUGCCGUUGCCUCCAUGUCACCUGGGUCAGCUGCCGUCGCCUCCAUGUUGCCUGGGUCGGCUGCCGUCACCUACAUGUUGCCUGGGUCGGCUGCCAUCGCCUUCUUGUCGCCAUGCUGCCCUGCCUCAGUCCUGA